GCGAUGUCAGGUCGUUGUCUCUGAACGUUUAUUCUUUCUUCAUCCGGUCGAUUUCUUGUUUUUUAGAGUUUUCAUACACAUGUUAAUACAAAAUUGGAAAUAUAUAUUUUUUAAAUAUUUGAUCAUUCCGAGAUAAAAAAAAAGACUCGCGCGCUUGCCGCGCCGCCAACUUCCUCUGAGCGCUCUCGAAUCAGGAAGUAGCUCGGUUAGCCAGCUAGCUAGUAAACACCUCAAAUGGACGGUGUGUCCGAGUGAGCUUUUUUUUAUUUUUUUAUUUAUAUUUUUAAGUGUUUUUUUUUUUCUUUUUGUGGAGGAGAGGCAGAAUGGGCGACGCGGCGAAAGUUGAGCGUCGGGAGCAGUUAAAGCGUUGGAGCGGCUCCUCUACAGACCGACAGCCUGCCGCGGCGAGGAGACGCUGGCGGGACGAAGAGGAGGACGGCCGGCGAGAUGGUAUGAAAACAACGCAGGACGCGGACCCACAUCGAGUUGGCAGGCAGCACAUCAAACGGAGGAGACGUGUUCGGUUCGAGAGGACGGCAGAGUUCCUGGCUAUCUGCGCCAGCGGUGACACGGAAGAGGCGAAGGUGAUGCUGGAGGAUUUGCAGGUUAUAGGCAGCGAGGGCAAAGUGUCCCGAAAAGACGUGAUCAACUGUUCCAAUGCUGACGGAAUCACAGCACUGCACCAGGCCUGCAUCGAUGGCAGUAUUGAGGUGGUGGCUUUUCUCUUGUCGCAUGGUGCGAACGUAAACCAGGUGGACAAUGAGGGCUGGACCCCGCUUCACGUAGCAGCUUCCUGUGGGAACAUGGAAAUUGCUGAAUUCUUGCUGCAGAACAGCGCAUCUCUGAGUUUGGUGAACUGUGAUGGCGAUGUACCAUUAGACAUCGCCGAAGACGAAGCCAUGGAGGCGCUACUGCAGGAGCACACUCUGAAACAGGGUGUGGAUGUCGAGUCAGCGAAACGCUUGGAGGAGGAGUUGAUCAUGUGUGAUGCCCGCCGUUGGCUUACAGAGGGUGUGCCUGCUGACGUGCACCACCCCAGGACUAAAGCCACACCCCUCCACGUUGCAGCUGCUAAAGGCUACCUUGAGGCCAUCAAGUUGCUGUGUCAGUGCGGCCUGGAUGUGUCUGCUAAAGAUGGGGACGGCUGGACUCCGCUCCAUGCUGCAGCUCACUGGGGUCAAAGCGAGGCCUGUUGUCUCCUCGCAGAGCAACUGUGUGACAUGGAGGCCCGCAGCAAUGGGGGUCAGACUCCGUUCGAUGUGGCUGAUGAAAGUGUGGAGGCCUUGCUGGAGGAAUUAUCGCAGAGACAAGCUAGUUGGCGAACCGAACAGGACAUUAAGGAUAAACAGAACGCACAAGCGGCCGCAAACGGCAACGCUGGCAAAAAACGCAGGAGCUCGGUGUGUAGGAUGAGCAGCCGAGAAAAGAUGAGCGUGCAGGAUCAGUCAAAGGAGCGAGGAGUCUCUGGAGGCCUGGAGCUAAACGAGGAGAGAGAGAGCAGUCCCGAGACUUCCGUGGUGUCGAGCCCAGAUACAGAAAGCAUCACUACCUCUACAGUCAGCCCUGCUGACAAGACCCCUGAAGAAAAGGAAGCAGAGGAGAGAGAGCAUGAGCGAGAGAGCCGUACUGCUCGUGUUCCUCCCACUCUGCAAAGAGUCGACUCGGCCCCAGAGAGUCCCAGCGGUCCCUCUACUGACGGAAAGAAGUACCAGGCACCAUGCCGAGAUGAGGAGUCAGAGUCCCAGAGAAAAGCUCGUUCUCGACUCAUGCGGCAGUCACGACGCUCCACUCAGGGAGUGACCCUAACUGACCUUAAAGAGGCAGAGCGAACCGUUAAUAAGACAAAUGAACCUCAGCCCAGUCUUCAGACCGUCAGUCCUGUUGUCACAGUAACGCCAGCAGAGAGAGACACAGAGCCUGUGAAACCCUCUACCCCAGAGGGAGAUUCCAAACUGGGUGUGAAAGAACGUCGUAGAUCGAGGAGAGAGAGACGUUCCACCGGCAUCACCACACUUACAGGAGAGACAGAGGAUCUGGAUGUGAAUGAGCCUACGCGUGCAGAUGGCACAUUAAGUGAAGCUCAGGCAGGAGAUGCAAGAUCAUUAUUAUCACUGGAUUUUAGAAAGCUGUAUGUGGAGGUGUUGAAGGACAACGGUUGUUUGAGAGAGAAGCUCCAGGAGACACAGCUGCAGCUCAGCGAAUGCAAAGUGGAGCUCGAGCGACUCAGACAGAGCCAGGAAAAUGGUUGUGACCGCCCUGCUCUACUGGAACUAGAGAGAUUUGAGAAGAAAGCACUUGAGAGAAAAGCAGCAGAGCUCGAAGAUGAACUUAAGGUUCUUAUUGAUCUACGUGCUGAUAAUCAGCGGCUGAAAGAUGAGAACGCUGCUCUCAUUCGAGUCAUCAGCAAACUUUCCAGAUGAGCCCUUCACUCCGUCACUAUUUACUGAAAACCACAAGGUGGCAGCACUGCCCAUCUCUUUACCCAGAAUAAACUGGAAGAACGCUCUUCUCUUUCUGCCUGGCCAUGACGCACUGCAUUGUCAGUUACGUGUGUGUGUGUGUGUGUGUGUGUGUGUGUGUGUGUGUGUGUGUGUGUGUGUGUGUGUGUGUGUGUGUGUGUGUGUGUGUGUGAGUGAGUGAGAGAGUGCGUGUGUAUGUGUGUGGGCUGGUGGGUAGGUUGGUGGGUGUUCUCUCACCCCUCGGGUGGCUAAACUACUGUUCUCCAGAUGAACCUGCACACAAAGGUGAACAGACCUAGCCGCAGCACAACCCUCAGUUAAACAGCACACCAAGUCUGAUCUUACCAGGUCUGAUCUUACCAGGUCUGAAUUUGCCAGUUUUGAAUUCACCAGGUCUGAUUACACCAGGUCUGAAUUCACCAGGUUUAAAUUCACCAGGUCUGAUUACAGCAGGUCUGAUUUUGCUCGUUCUAGGUCUCAAGAACAGUAACACGUUACUUGAACUCGUUGUCACAAGACUGAUCAUAACAUAGUCAUAACCACAGUUGUAAUUAUACAGUAUCACCAACAAUAUAACAGUGUCAUGUUACAAUUAUCAGUAAUUAUUAUUAUAGCUGUCUUUUUAUUAUUAUUUUUUGGAUCAGAUGUUUGCAGUGUACAGUGGAUUUUGAGUAUCUGAAAGAAAUCAGUAGUUUGUCAGUUCCCUCACUGUAAUUGUUGUGUAACUCAUUCACAGUGAGCUGUAUGGUGACCGUAUAUCGAUAGCAAGGUAGUUUUAGCUUUAGACUUUACAGAAAAUGUACUUUACUUUGUGAUAGGCCGCAUCAUUAUAAAAUCAAACUAUUGAUGAUUGUUUGCCUCUCAUAUAUAUGACAUAACAUCUGCCAUAAAAUAGCCACUUUGACGGUUGCCAUCUGAUUUUUCAUACAUGCCGCUAUUUCAUCGCUGUAAUAUUUAUUCAAGAUGGCAUACGGCUGUGUUCAUGACCAUUUAUUGUCAGUAUUAUGACGUAGGGUUCACGUAACGUGUUACCCGAAGUACAUACUUGAAGUACAGCAGGAUGGAGAAGAAAUGCAGGGUGCUUAUGUUCCAUAUAUUUAAUUACAUCUCCUUUUUUUUUUUUCUCUCUCUCUUUCUCUCUCUCUUGUGCACUGUUCUUAUUAUAAUUUUUUUUACCUUGUAGUUUAACUGAAAAAAAGCCAGUACAUGGUUGCCAGUUUAUAUUAUUAUUCGCUUUAGACGUGUGUAUCCACUGUAGCUCGUAGUUUAUACUCUCACAGUCUUGGACACCAGAGGGCACGGCCAAUCAUCAGCUUUUAGGACAAGACCAAAAAAAAAAAGGUCCUGAUUUUGCAGAGCGACAGGCCGUCUGGGGAUCAGAUUUUUAUUUAGUUUUUAUUUUUAUUACAUAUGACAAAAUUUCUUUGCAUUUUCAUCAACUUACCUGUGUACAUAAUAUUAAAGGAGCAGCGAGUAAAAAAUUAUGAUGAAAAAACUGUGAUGCAUGAAAUAUAAAGCAGGGGCUUCAUAUAUUUUCUUUGGAGUUUUUUUAUUUAUUCUGUUUACAUCUUUCUGGUCCAAAUAUCAGCUUCCAGAAAUCCACCUGCACCCACACACAUUGCUGCUCAGGUUUUUCCAUUAAAAACUAAUUUUACUUUCUUUUAAAAAGAAAUAGCAAAGGGGUUAUAGUUUGUUUGCGGGAAUUUAUUUUUGUUUAUUUGAGGGAAUAGAAAGAUCUUUUAUAAUUAAGUAUAACAUUUUAGCAAUUGAGUUUUCCUCAAGAACAGCAGAGGGCACUAAAAAAUACAAAACUGCUCCUUUAAUGUUACUUCUAAAGGCGUAGCUUUCUGCUGUAAGCCAGCAUAGUUAGAGGAGGUCAACUGUUGCAUAAUUAAAGCCUGUAGUCAGUGUGCAGGCAUGUUGGGUAAAUAAUUGCAUUAGUAUUUGUAAGUUAGAAAAAUGUGCUUUCCGCGUAUUUUAUGUGAAAGAGCCAUGUUUACAUUAUAAAACUCAACACGAUGUAGUGGACGAUUAAUACUGGUUUAUAAAAGUAUUUUAGCAGACCAAAACAAUUAGCAAAGCUGUUUAGUGGGGUUUUUUUGUAGUCAUGGACCCUAGUUGUGGAAAACUCGGUUUCUGUAUCCAAUACUCGGUUUCAGUUUAUCCAAUCAUGAGCAUUUGUUUUUGGGUUUUAAAAACAAAAGGUAUAGUGCCAGAGGACAUAAAUAGCAGUUUUCACAAAAUAGAUUUCAUUUUGUUACAUGACAGCACUGUUUACAAACCAAAAUGUUUACAGACAGUUAGAUAUGUGCCCGUUCGGAUAACCUUCUUAAUAGCACUAUACAACUGGAUAAAGGUUAAAUAUUGGAUGCUGUUGCUAUUCAGUGACGGUAGCUGUUAGCAGAAGGGGCGGAGCCAUUAGAGGAAGCUGAUCAGUUAACAAUUAAGACUACCAUGUGAGGUUUGUCAAGCGGAGAAAUGUAGUUGUAAUGUCACAUGAUCCAAAUAUGAUAAUCGUUUUUUUACCCGAAGCCCCGCCCUCUUUUAAUCAGUGCAAAGCCUACCGCUCGCUCAGCAAAAUCGGGACAGCACUUGCAUUGUUAGACAUAAGAGAUGCAAACGUGCCAAAAUCUGAAGCUCCUCUCAUGCAUGGCUACUGGUGCUACGCUGUUGAGAAUGGGGGCUUUCUCUUUCUUUCUCUCUUUCUCUUUCUCUCUCUCUCUCUCUCUCUCUGUGUCUCUCUUUCUCUCAGGACAAGCUUAGAUCAACACUGUACUCGAGCACACUGCUACUGUAUGUCGGACCAAACAGUCAUUGACAUGGUUGCUGUUUCUCAGCGAGCGAGUAUUUAUUAGUGUAUGUGAUGUUUUACAGAGCCCGUGUCCUGUGCCAAUGGUGGUGUAGGGAUUUAAUAUUUUUGUCAUUUAUUUUCCAAGAGGAGAAAGAGGAGGAAUGUUUAUACUGUGAGUCCUGCUCUCGAAAGAACAGGCGCUUUAUAAGGUCAAAGCUUUUGACAGUUCUUCGUGUUUUUUUUUUUGUUUGUUUUUUUUUGGUUGUUUUUUUAAUUGCUCCUGUUUUAUUAAUAUUAUUUUUAAGCCAAUGCAUGCCAAGAUUGUAUUUCGACAAAAAAAAAAAAAAAAAACGUGCCUUUCUAUAUAUCUAUUUUAAUAUUUCAAUGUUGCUCAGUUGAAAAGCUCCGGGCUCGUUGGCUCGGCAAAGCUCCGAUAGACUCCAAAAGAUUGUGCUGUCCUUCAAAAACACAUCCAGCCGUCGACAUUCUGUGAAACGGCCAAUAAAAUUCAAUGGAAACCGA